UAUUAUUAUCAUGAUUAUUAUUUCGAUCCAACAGAACACCGUUGAACACCGUACGAAAACGAGAGAGAAUAAUAAAAAUAAAAAGAGUGUGUGUUGAGUGUUGUGUGUAUACACAUUGAAUGCAAGAGACAGUGGUUUUUACUCCAAUAUUUAUUAUAAAAUAAAAAAAAGAAAGAUAUGUCUUGGUUGGAUUAAAAUAGUAUAAAAUAGUUAAUAAUUUACAUAUUAUAUAUAUUUAAUUGACUGGCUGGAACGAUGAAGGCUUCAAUAAUUUUAAUCAUUGCAUAUUCACUAUGUGCAUCAGCAUCAAUUCAAUCACCACCGAGAAUAUCAAAACAGCCACCAACAGAAGAGUUGUUGUUUCAAGUUGCUCAGGAAGGUGUCAAAGAAAAUGACAAGCCAUUUUUAAUUGAAUGUGAAGCAGAAGGUGAACCAGCACCAACAUAUCGAUGGAUUAAAAAUGGUAAAAAAUUCGAGUAUCAAGCAUAUGAUAAUCGUAUAUUACAACAACCUGGACGUGGUACAUUGGUAAUAUCAAGUCCAAAAAAUGAAGAUUUAGGACAAUAUCAAUGUUUUGCUGAAAACGAAUGGGGUACAGCAACAUCAAAUUCAGUAUUUGUUAGAAAAGCCGAGUUGAAUUCAUUUAAAGAUGAUGAUGAACAAUCAUUAUCAGUUAAUGAAGGUGAACCAUUUAAAAUGACAUGUCAACCACCAGAUGGUUGGCCAAAACCAAGUGUAUACUGGUUAAUUCAAGACACUGGUGGUAUUAUUAAAUCAAUAAAUAAUUCACGUAUGACACUUGAUCCAGAGGGUAAUCUUUGGUUUAGUAAUGUAACACGUAAUGAUGCAUCUGAUGAUUUUUAUUAUGCAUGUGCUGCAUCAUCAUUAUAUCGUAAAGAAUAUAAACUUGGUAAUAGAUUUUUAUUGAAUGUUAUAUCAUCAGCAGCAUCAGCAAAUCAAAAUAAAGUUGCACCACGUUUACAAUAUGUCAGUAGAAAAAAUGAAGUUGCAUUACGUAGUAAAAAAAUUGAAUUAUUUUGUAUAUAUGGUGGUACACCAUUACCAGAAAUAAUAUGGAAUAAAAAUGGUGUUAGAAUAAAACCAUCUGAUCGUAUAACACAUGGUAAUUAUGGUAAAUCAUUAAUAAUAAAAUAUGUUAAUUUUGAGGAUAAAGGAACAUAUACAUGUGAAGCAUCAAAUGGUGUUGGUAAAGCAGCAAGUCAUUCAAUUGAUUUAACAGUACAAGCUGUACCAUAUUUUACUGUUGAGCCAGAUGUUAUUAAUGCUGCUGAAGAUGAAACAAUAACAUUUAGAUGUGAAGCUGGUGGUGUACCACAACCAGAAAUUAAAUGGAUACAUAAUGGUAAACCAUUAUCAGAAGCACCACCAAAUUCAAGACGUAAAGUAACAACAAAUUCAAUAACUAUUGAAAAAUUAAUUAAAACAGAUACUGGAAAUUAUGGUUGUAAUGCAACAAAUUCAAUUGGUUAUGUUUAUAAAGAUGUUUAUGUUAAUGUAUUGGCACUUGCACCAGAAAUAACACAAGCACCAAUUGAUGUAGCAACUGUUGAUGGUAAAACAAUUGUCAUGACAUGUCGUGUAUUUGGUGCACCAAAACCAGCAGUUAAAUGGAUACGUAAUGGACAAGAACUAACUGGUGGACGUUAUAUAACUCAAGAUAAUGGUGAUUUAAAUAUUGAAAAAGUUAUAUUUUUAGAUGCUGGUGAGUAUACAUGUCAUGCAUCAAAUAAAUUUGGUGAAGUUAAAGAAAAAGCAGUUUUAACUGUUAAAGAAAAAACUAAAAUAACUGAUGAACCAGAAAAUUAUGAAGUUGCUGCUGGUGCACAAGCAACAUUUCGUUGUAAUGCUGUUGCUGAUUCAACAUUAACAUUAUCAAUUGAUUGGUUAAGUAAUGGUGAACCAAUUGAUUUUGAAAAUGAGCCACGUUUUGUAUUAGCAUCUGAUUCUUCAUUAUCAAUAACUAAAACAACUGAACUUGAUUCUGGUACAUAUACAUGUGUUGCACGUACUGAACUUGAUGAAGCUAAAGCAUUUGCAACAUUAACUGUACAAGAUGUACCAAAUGCACCAGUAUUACAAAAUACAGAUUGUCAAGCAAAAAGUGCAACUUUACAAUGGUCACCAAUGGGUGAUAAUCGUUCACCAAUAUUACGUUAUUCAAUACAUUAUAAUACAUCAUUUACACCAGAUUCAUGGGAACUAAUUAAUGACAAUGUACCAGCAACUGAACAAUCAUAUGAUAUACAAAUGACACCAUGGGCAAAUUAUACAUUCCGUGUUAUUGCACAUAAUAAAAUUGGACCAUCAACACCAUCAUCACACAGUAUUGUAUGUACAACACAACCAGAUGUUCCAUAUAAAAAUCCAUCAAAUGUCAUGGGUAACGGAACAAAUCCACAAAAUCUUGUAAUAAGUUGGACAAUAAUGCCACAAAUUGAACAUCAUGCACCACGUUUUAAGUAUCGUGUACAAUGGCAUCGUGAUAUACCUGGUGAAAAAUGGGAAAUGAAAGAAAUUGAUGAUUGGCGAACAAGUCGUUAUCAAAUUGAUAAUCAACCGACAUAUCAACGUUAUAAAAUACGUGUUGUUGCUAUUAAUGAAAAAGGUGAAUCACGUGUUACACCAAGUAUUAUUAUUGGUUAUUCUGGUGAGGAUCAACCAACACAAGCACCUGGUAAUUUAACAAUUGUUGAUGUAAUAUCAUCAACAACAGCUAAACUAUCAUGGACACCAGUUAGUGAAAAUUCAGUACGUGGUGAAUUGCGUGGUUAUAAAAUACAAACAUGGACUGAUAAAGAUGGUGAAGAGGGUAUGCGUGAAAUAACAAUUGCCGGUGGUAAUACAACAAAAGCUGAUAUUGAUAAAUUUGUACCAUUUAGUAAAAAUUGGGUUAGAAUAAUGGCAUAUAAUGGAAGAUACAAUGGUCCAACAUCUGAGUUAGUUAGUUUUAAUACACCUGAGGGUGUACCUGGUACUGUAUUGAGUCUUGAUGCAUCACCAAUGGGUUCAAGUGCAUUUUAUUUACGCUGGACAAAACCAGCUGAGCUUAAUGGUAUAUUGACUGGUUAUAGAAUAUAUUAUCAAAUUGUUGAUGGUACAUCACUUGGUUUAUUACUUGAACGACAACCACAUGUUUAUGAUCCUGAAAUAACAAGUGCUAAACUUGCUAGUCUUGCACCAAAUACAAAAUAUCGUGUUCAUGUACGUGCAACAACUGAAGCUGGUGAGGGAGCUGAUUUUUAUAUUGAAGAAACAACUCGACAUUCACAAAAACCAGAUACACCAAGAUUUGAAUGGGGAAGUAUGCCAAUGAAAAAUGGAUAUUCAAAUGUCAAGUUAACUUGGAUACCAAAUUUGGCUGGUUAUCCUGGUAGUCAUUUCUUUGCAAAAUACAAGCUGAGAGAUGAAACUAUUUGGCAAGAAAGUGAUCCAGAAUUACAGGGUACUGAGUUGGUAUUAACUGGCUUGGCAAGUGGUGAAAAAUUCUUGAUGGCUAUUGUUGCUGUUGAUGGUGAUUAUUUAUCAGAGAGUCAAAUACAAGAAAUUGAAACGACAAAUGAAGAUCCAAUUAUUGAAGCUAAAGAAAAUGUUGCAACGGCUGGAUGGUUUAUUGGAAUGAUGUUGGCAAUUGCAUUUCUAUUGAUGGUACUAAUAAUUGUAUGUGUUAUAAAACGUAAUCGUGGUGGUAAAUAUGCUGUUCAUGAGCGUGAAUUAGCAGCUGGACGAGGUGAUUACGAUGAGGGUGGUUUUCACGAGUAUUCACAACCACUUGAUACAAAAUCAGCUGGUGGAAGAGCAUCACAAGCUUCAUCAUCACAUCAAGAUCAUAAAAAUCCAGAGUCUGAUACUGACUCUAUGGCUGAAUAUGGCGAGGGUGAUACUGGACGUUUUACGGAGGAUGGAUCAUUCAUUGGACAGUAUGGACCCAAAGCUAGACCAGACGAGACUCCAUCACUUAAUGCUGGUUCAUUGGCAACUUAUGUGUAAGAUCAUCAUGUCAAUUUAUUCAUCGUAAUUUAAAAAAAGCUUCUUUUUCUUUUUUUUUAUUCAUUCAAUAAUUAAAUCAACAUCUUGUCUGAAAAAAUAAUUAAAUUAAUCUUGCGCCGGGCGUAAAUUCAAACACUCUACUGCCAUUUUAAAAUAUGUUUCAUUUGGGUUUUAUUACUUAAAAAAAAAAAUAUAAUAUAAUACUGACAAUAUAAAUUCAAUCAAAUAAUAAAAUUUGGAUAAUCAAAAAAAUUUUUUAAUAAUACAUUUUUCAAGAGAUCGUUUGUUAACUGCACGACAAUUUAUUAUUAUUAUUUUUUUUCUAUUUAAAAAUUAAUAAUUCAACAGUUCUUUUGACUGCUUAUUUUUAUUUUUUUUUAAAUAUUCCAUCCGAGUGAAUCCUCACGUGAGUUAUAAAACCCAAAGAUAAAUUAGAUUAUUAUUAUUUUUUCUUUCAAGACCGCAAGCUAUCGAUGAGGCUUAAAAAAAAAAUCGAAAAAAAAAUAAAAUAAUGAUCUUAUUACUAGUAGAAAUAUAUAAAAAAUAAAAUCAUCAUCGGUAACGCUUUCUGAAGCCUUAAAAUUAUAAUAAUAAUAAUAUUUAUCAUGUCAUUGAUUUUUGGCCCAGUUAAAAAAUUUGUUAAAUAAUUUUUGAAUUUUGACGUAACGCGUGAGCUUAAACACACAGGGUCAGUGAUUUUAAUUGUUGAUUUAAAUAUAAAUUAAUAAAAAUUGAAUUUAAUAUUGGUAAAACAAGACUGCAAUUAUUAUAUGUUGAUCAUGUUACAACACUGACACUAUUAUUUGAUAUAAAAAAAAAUGAAUAAUUUUGUUGAAAAGUAUUUUUCUUUUUACAUAAAAAAAAAUUUCGACAGUGGGCCAAAUUCAAAUAGAAAAAGUAAAUAAAAAAAAUAUAUUACGUACUAUAUAAACACACGAGAUAAAUAAAUAUUUAAUGAUAAUUAUGACAGAGAAUUUUAACGACUACUCAUGAUGAAAAUUGAAAUUUAAACAUAAUAAUUAAUAAAAAAAAAAUAUAUAUAUAUAUUUGCACUUUGCAAAAUAAUGCAAGGCCUCUAAUAAUUGUUGCUUUUGUAUGUGUAAAACACGCUUUUUAAAUUAAUAUAUAUUUCAUUUUUUUUUUGACAAUUAUUUUGUUUUAAAUUAGCACAGCAUUAUGAGUAGAGACAACAUAAGUAUUUAAUAUAUUAAACUAUUGAAAAAUAUAAAUAUAAAAUAUAUAUUAUUAGUUAGUGUUUAAAAAAUUACAAAAAUUAAAAAAAAAUAAAUAAAACCACAAGAGCAGCUAUUAUAUUAUAUUAUUAUUAUUAUUAAAUAUUAUUAUAAUUGCGAUUUAACGUUGCGUAUUAUUAAUUAGCACCAAAUGGCACUUAGUUAAUUAUUUUUUCAGUUGCGAAUUUGUGUAUAGAAAUAUUAGUUAAGUAAACAAAAAACAAAUGGGUAAAAUUAAUUUGUAAUGGUAUAAAAAAGACAAUUGUAAAAUUUAGAAUUAAGUUAUUUUAAUUUAUUAUAAAUAAUUUAAGCUUAUUAUUGUUUUUUUUUUUUUUAUAUUUUUUUCGUGUAAUGUAGAAAACCUGGUUUUUUUUUUUUAACUUAUUUAUUUAAAUUGUUUAGAAUUUUUUGGUGGAUUAAAAUCUUGUCGUAAUAAUUUUUCUACCAUAAAAUAAUGAAAGAAAAAUUUAAUAAUUGUUUAUACUUUUGCCAGAAUCUCAAUUUAUCAUUAAUAGAUUUUAUAAUUUUCCCAUAAACUUCCAGUAUUUCGUUUAUUUUUUUUUUUUUUUUUGUUAUUUAUAAUUUUAAGGCUUCCCUGUAAAAAUUCACUGCAAAAUUUUUAAUUAUAUUAUUUUUUUUUAAUGUUAAUGUAAUUUAUAAUUUUGCAGUGUCAUGUAUGUCAUAAAAUUGUAAAAUUAUAAAGCUAUUAUUUCAUUGUAACUCUUUGGAGAGAAAAAAAAAUCCAGUCAAAGUGCAGCUCAUUUCUUAGCCUGCAG